AUGGCAUCUCCUCAGCAGAUUGCGGACCUUAGUCGCAAGAUCUUUCAGCGUCUACCACAACGCCACAUCCCGUCAGGAAAUAAGGUCAUCAGUAAGCAGCUUAAGGGUGAUAAGGUAGCCUCAUGGUUUAACAAACCUCUGCUUUUACGUCUCGGCGGCGACGAUCCCAAUUUUGAGAUUUUGAACGAGGAGCGUCUCGGCAAACUCGACCAGAUGAAGCGGCGGGGCAAGUCUAUCCCUAAGAAAGGUGCAGGCAAGCGAUCCAAGAAGUAG